AGCGGAGAGAGAGAGCGCAUUUAUUCCGCAUACGACAGAGAGCAGACAGACAGAGCGGCUAGCUAUGCGACAGCAGCAACGACAGACUAACGACAAGAUGUUGAGUUUCGCUGUGCUGUGUGUGUGUGCCGUCGCCGGUGAAGUGUCCGCGCGCUCUACCAGCUGGAAUUUCCUGGAUGACAAGUCUUUAACAGCACGAUGGGACAAAUUUCGUGAUGAGCCAGGUACAUGGAAUCCUGGGAAAGCAUUUGAUCAAGGUCUGAACCCUGACCCCUGUCUGAAGGUCAAGUGUAGCCGUCACAAAGUGUGUGUUGCAGACGACGACCAGACUGCUGCUUGUGUUAGCCAGCGGAGAGUCAGUGUGAAGGAACCGGGCCUGUCUCUGAGUCCGGGGUCCAAAUGCAGACACUGUCCAGUGGUCCGUCCCUCUCCUGUGUGUGGUACUGAUGGACACAGCUACUCAACCAAGUGUAAGUUGGAGUAUCAGGCAUGUAUCUCAGGGAAGCAAAUCUCAGUCCAGUGUUCUGGCCAGUGUCCCUGUCAUCCUGUCCUUUCUGAAUACAGCACAGCAGGACAGACAGAGUGCAGUGAGUCAGACAUAAAGGAGGUUGUGGGUCGGUUAAGAGACUGGUUCAGAGUUCUACUGGAGAACGGAAACAACAAGAAACUGAAGACACACAUGCCCCAGAAAAACA